GCAGAACGUCGUAGGCGCUCGGGAACCGAUCCCGCGCCGUUCACCGUUUAGCGUUCACCCGUCAGCGCUAACAUGAAACUAAGCUGGUUCGUUAUCGCUAUCGCGCUGUUCGACUGCUAGACUGCCAGAUACACCGUACACUUAUGUCUGGCCGCGUAUGACAUAACCGUAACCGAUAACCAGCAAACCAACAGGAACGGAACACAGGUCCAGCGGCCAGUGCGCAACCACUAAUGGGAGAAUUCACACUUAGUGGGAAUGCCAACAUCGGGUUAAGUGCUACAGCCACAGCUACCGUCGAAAUAUCGUCGGUAAACUCCGGAAAAGUGAAUCAAAACACGCUGUUUUACACAACAUCGUCAGCCACAGGAGAAGCAGGCAGACAGAUAAAAGGCUACAACUCGACGAUGCAAGAUGAUCUCCCGGAUAAAACGACAGCAGCAGUUAGUGCCUGUAGCGCGGAGGAGCAUGGAAACGCGAAUGCAAUUUCGUCGAGCCCGAACGUUGCCGUGUCCAGUGCCAGCGAAAAAAACGCGACCGCGAAGGAGUGCGAACCAUCCGCAUCCGCGAAUGAUCUCUCACUAUCGGACAAAUUGACCGGCGAUCAGAUCGGCCACGGGCACGGUCACGCUCACGCUUCCGGAAAGAAUGCCCCUGUUGGCGGCGGUGCCACCGGACCACCAGGAUCGACUGGAUGCGGAGCAGCAGCUGCAGGCACAGCCACCGCGGUACCACCGUCUUUGCCGCCACUCUUUCAUCCCGCAGAACCAAGCACACCCGCGGGAGCGCUCUGGUCCACGGCCAUCGAGGAUGGGUAUGUGCCCAACUUGGCCACAGCGGUCAACGGCAGCGGAACUAUGGGAUUCCAGAAUUUCCCCUCGCCCACCCAGCAACAGCUGUUCGGGAACAACAUAAACCAGAACCAAGUGAAUCAAGGUAGAAGAGCCAUAACCGCUAGUCACAACUUCCCCCACAACAUGGGCAGACAGCAGUCGAUGACCAAUCACCCGAUGUACAAGGGGUACGGUUCUUGGACGAAUCCACCUGCGGGACAGAACUGGAGUCCCGGUAAUUCUUCGGCGUGGAAUCGGGGCAGAAGCGUGCCCAACUUGACGCCGCUCCAACAGAUGGGAGUCGGUUUGGCCGGAAGGAAACCCAGUCCGACCUUCAACCAACAGCAGGUCAUUUCGCCCAUCAAGUUUCGUCGCAGCACUUCGUAUCCGGGAAAAGGGCCCUUCCCUCAACCCCCAACCUUCGAAAUCACCAAUAUGGAUGAAGCUCGAGAGCUCCUGCCCUACCAGGAGCGGUGUGGUGUAGUUAGUGCAAAUGGUAGUAGUCCUUUAGAAAAUAUGAGAGGCUUGGAACAUUAUUUAAACGAUAUUAUGAGUCCGCAGAGUAACGCCGCUGACAUAAAGGGUUAUAUUAAUACGAAUACUUUCACAUCGUUGCAACUGCAUGGCAAAUCGCCAUACUUUCCAGGGUUGGAAGAACAGGCUGGUCCCGUUCUGUUGGAAGAACCCAACCAUUUAGUAGAUAACACUCUGGGCACACAGCCACUCAGCUCACCAUCAAGAUCUUCGCCCCAUUCGCAGGGCUCUGAAGGAGGGGAGAGGUUUUCUAGGAAAGUUUUCGUUGGAGGGCUGCCUCCAGACAUAGAUGAAGAUGAAAUCACUGUUAGUUUUAGAAGAUUUGGACCGUUGGUCGUCGACUGGCCACACAAGGCUGAAAGCAAGUCAUAUUUCCCACCAAAAGGAUACGCCUUUUUACUAUUUCAGGACGAAAAUUCGGUACAAAGUUUGAUAGACGCAUGUAUAACGGACGAAGACAAAUUAUAUUUGUGCGUAUCGUCACCAACAAUCAAAGACAAGCCAGUACAAAUAAGACCAUGGCGACUGUCAGAUGCCGAUUUCGUCCUGGACGCCUCGAUGCCAUUGGACCCUAGGAAAACCGUAUUUGUUGGAGGUGUGCCACGACCACUGAAAGCAGUCGAAUUGGCGAUGAUCAUGGAUAGGCUGUAUGGAGGGGUAUGCUAUGCGGGUAUAGACACGGACCCAGAACUGAAAUAUCCCAAGGGUGCCGGGAGGGUAGCUUUCAGCAAUCAGCAGAGCUACAUAGCGGCGAUCAGCGCCCGGUUUGUCCAACUGCAGCAUGGAGACAUCGACAAGAGGGUGGAAGUGAAACCGUACGUCCUCGACGACCAAAUGUGCGACGAGUGCCAAGGGCAGCGCUGUGGCGGGAAAUUCGCACCUUUCUUCUGUGCUAACGUCACUUGUUUACAGUACUACUGUGAGCACUGCUGGGCUACCAUCCACUCUCGACCCGGCAGAGAGUUCCACAAACCGCUGGUAAAGGAAGGUGCUGAUAGACCAAGGGCUGUACCAUUUCGUUGGUGUUAACGGCGGGGUUUUUAGCUUUUAAUACCAUACCGAACGGCGAUAGCUAUACACACAGCUGUCGCUUAGACAAAGUUAUAUAGUAGCAAUUAUACAUAUAUAUAUAUAUAUUUAAAGUAUACAUGUAACCAAUAAUCUUCUGUAUGACGCCUGGUGGUAGCUGAAAUUACCUUAUUACCUAAACUUGGUCCCAAAGUGACUGUUGCAACGUGGUGUUCAGUUUUACAUCUAUUUUUCGGCAACGAUUCCCGAAUAGCCUUAAGUAUCGGUACUUUCGACGUGAAAUCCGAUAGGAAGAAGCACAUAUUUCAAUGAUAAUUUUCAUUCGAUGCUUUACGACGAAAUUGCACCUAUAAUUCUGUUGCGAGUAUAUCAAAGCAAAGAACUCAAAACUAUAGUUAGUACCUCAUAGACUUAGGUACGUCUGUAAUUUUGACAUGUGUGAUAUUGUUGUGGAUUGUACUGUUAUAUUUUGUGAUUCUUUCCGAGUUCUACGCUGUAUGCAACAACUGUCUAGUCAAAAAUAUACCCGCAGUGGGAUUUUGGAUGGUAAUUUUACUUCAUCGUAAUAACUAAGUCGGGCAUUUUUUACAAAAAGUCAGAUAAUAGAAUACAUAGUACAGUACAUAUAUUAGCAAUUUUGUCAACUAUUCAGCGGAAGACGAAGCAAUAAUAUUUUAGUUUCAUCGUAUUUGACCGUAUAAAUGGUGAUGGUGACGAUUUAAAACAGAUACUAAUAUAACAUAUAACAUAUAUCAAAUUCACCACAAAGUCGAAUAUCGCCUAUUUAAAAAAUCAAGUGAAGUAAAUUAUAUAAUUUAAAAUUAAUCAAUAAGUCGUAUAGUUAUAUACGUAGUGUGUCAAUUAAAUUCCGGGAAUUUGUCAAUAAAAAAAUAAGCAAAUCAAAUUUCACGUAAAAUUUUAUUAUCGACCUGCACGAUAGUCUUAACUCUAAACAACACUUCCAUCGCUGCUCUGACGAUUAAAAAAAAGUCGCAGGGGGCUGUAGGGUGGGUGGGGCAUCGUUGGAAUACCCUUGAUGUUCGCAUUUGUUUUUGUUCAUGGAUGAG